AAUACCAAUUAGAAGGUCUAAGACGACCCAGAAAGCACUUGAUCAUAUCAUGAUCUGAUUUGUAAGCCUACUCGGGUCUUGAGUAUUUACUUGUAAGAACGGAAUUCUUUGUUUUGUAAUGGAUAGUUGCAAUUCCAUAAAAAAAGAAUUCAGUCAAAUUUUUCUUACAUUGAACCAUUCCUCUAUCAUAUAUGUGGAUGUGUAAAGACAGGUACCAUAUAUAUAUUUUAUAUGGAUAUAUGGAUUCAUUUGGUUCUUUUUAUUCUUGCUCGAGCUGGAUGAUUAAAAAUUAUUAUGUCCAGUUCCCUCGGGGGAUGGAUCUAUAAGAAUUCACCUAUCCCAAUAACAAAAAAACCUGACUUGAAUGAUCUUGUAUUAAGAGCUAAAUUGGCUAAAGGUAUGGGUCAUAAUUAUUAUGGAGAGCCUGCAUGGCGCAAAGAUCUUUUAUAUAUUUUUUCAGUAGUAAUUCUAGGUACUAUUGCAUGUAAUGUAGGCUUAGCCAUUUUAGAACCAUCAAUGAUUGGUGAACCGGCAGAUCCAUUUGCAACCCCUUUGGAAAUCUUACCUGAAUGGUAUUUCUUUCCUGCAUUUCAAAUACUUCAUACAGUGCCCAAUAAAUUAUUGGGGGUUCUUUUAAUGGUUUCAGUACCUGCGGGAUUAUUAACAGUACCUUUUUUAGAGAAUGUUAAUAAAUUCCAAAAUCCAUUUCGCCGUCCAGUAGCGACGACUGUCUUUUUGAUUGGUACCGCAGUCGCCCUUUGGUUGGGCAUUGGUGCAACAUUACCUAUUGAUAAAUUCCUAACUUUAGAUCGUUUUUAA